GUAGUCUCCAAGCACAGCCCGCUGACGUGUCAAAAAAACUCAACACCGUGAAGGCGGACGUUCAUGUAUAGACGAGCUACGAGACUUGGUGACUCAGGAAAAAAAAGGCUCGCACGUCUUCCAAAAAAUAGAGGGAAACAAAAAUUGCUGGAGGGAAACUAUGCGAAAAUUGCUUUCAUAUAUAUGCUAUCAGUUUUCCACAUCCCCACGAAUUCUUAUUUCAAGUUCACCAUCUCCAAGUCGCCGCAGCAACUGCUCUCCUGCUAGGGAUGAUCGAGAUUCGAACAUGUGACCUCCUUCUUGGAAGAUCACAAGGUUUUAAUUAAACGUGUAACACGGAUCACAAAUGUGUAUCAGCCCGUUAGCUUCCUUGUAACCCGUAAGUUAGCCAACUUUUCCUAUAAAAGGAGGCUAACUUACGGGAACCCAAGCGAUCGAGGCUUUAGAGAAUAGAGGCGCAGAGAUAGAGAGAUUAGGGUUUGCCGCUGCUCUCCUUCUCUAGGGAGAGCAGCGGCCAGUUUACACGGUAUACCAAAGGUGUUGUUAAUCUUGAUGUCUUUCUAUCUGCUUCUUUAUCACCGUUAUGAUUGUUCGAUCGUUAAGUUUUGGGACUAUAAAAAAUAAUACACUUAUAAUUAAAAUCAAAUAUAUCAUCAAUAUAAUGACCUCUGUAUGUUGUAUACUCAUCAAAAUUACUUCUGAAAAUAUAUUUGAAUUACUUUAUUUAAUUCUUGUUUAAAUAACUGUGUCAUUUUUUAACGAGUAGUUUAAGUUGGACGGAUGUAUUACUACGUAUAUAUUAGUAUGAAUUAUUAUUAAUAUAUACUCUCUCCAUAUAUUAAAGUUUGCUACACAUUCACUUUCUUCGAUGUAUUUAAACAUUUGUUACACUUUCUUUUUUGGGUAAGUAUUCCUUUAAAAAUACUCACUUACUCUUACUAUUUCUACUCUUUAUCCUAUCAUUCAUACUUUUCCACCAUCUCUCAAACUUUUUAUCUACACUGUUAAUUACUCCUAUUAUUUAAUCCUUAAAUAAUUUGCCCAUAUCUAUAAUAGUGAACUUUUAAAUACGGAGUGAUUAUACAUAUUCACAAAUCAUGUGAUAAGUUCUACUACAAUAAAAAAACAAAUUCAUCCAGAGAUUCAAAAAAUAAAUUGCCUUGAUUGUGUGAAUAUAUAUGAGAAUGAGGGAUUUAGAUUUCUUGCGUUAUGCAUGUAUUUUUCAAAAAACAAAUCUCCUAAUUAAAGGCAAUAAAAUGAUUUUGUACCCAAUUGGGCGUGUCCAUUGAACUACUCAUUUUAAUCAGUUUCCUUAUAAGUUUUUUUCCUAUUCAAUGCUUGUCUCUAUCUUGUGUAUUAUCGAGGACAUUCCGCCUUAUAAAAGAGAUGGAUAGUUUCACAAAAAGAUUUAUCGAAAGAGAAAAAACACUAUAUCAUCUAUCCUUGAAUUGCUUCUUGUCUUCAUUUAUUUCUUUUGGAUUUAAAGAUGUCAUCACACAAAAUGUUCGUUGUUUUAGCUGUAGCAGAAGUGUUGUUAUUGUGUGCUUUGGCUAAUGCACACACCAUUCCCGUUGGUGAUUCUGCCGGAUGGACUUAUGAUAUGGGUGGCUGGCCAAAUGGAAAAACUUUUAAAGCCGGCGAUAUUCUUGUGUUUAAAUAUGAUCCAGCAGAACACACUGUGGUAAUAGUGAGCAAGGAAAACUACGAUUCAUGCAAACCGGUUGGGAAGACGCUAAGUUCAGGACACGAUCAUGUCAGAUUAACUAGCGGGACGAGCUACUACAUUUGUGGCAUUGCUGAUCACUGUGAUUUUGGACAAAAGAUUAAUGUAACUGCUGUGUAAUUAUAUAUUAUAUAUAAAUUACAUAUAUAUUAUACUUCUAUUACAUGCUAAUAUAUGUUAUCUGUACGAACUUAUAGAAGGUUCAAAUUGAUAUUUAAUUAUUUCAAUAAAGAUCACAACUUAAAUACUUGGCCUUCGGGUUGUGCGACUUUCUUAUUGUAAUUACGGAGCACGAUACUUCAUCAA